UCCGGCCCGGGGAAGGUGCCCCAGCCUGGCAGCUGCACGCGCGGCGGGACCGAUUGGUCCGCCUGAGUAGUUACAGCGUCUCGCUAAGGGACCAUUCGGGGUAGAGUGGCCCCUGGACACUUAUCAGACGCUCUAACUACUUAUGCUAAACAGUCGGUUCCCCCUUGUGUUUUGCUGUUCCCCAGACCUGAGGAAGAGCUGUGUGUGUCGCUCAGAAAGCUUGUUUCUUUCACCAACAGAAGUUUGGUCCAAUAAAAGAUACGACCUCACCCACCUUCUCUCUUUAAUAUCUGGGGACUGACACAGCUACAAGUACACUGCUGUGGACUUAGCAUAGACUAUGGUUCUACUUUUGAGAUGUGGAAACAGCUAAAACAUGGCCAAAAUGACUAAUUUGGAAGAAGCUGAAGUACAACUUUCUGAGUUAGACCUACUUUCUAGUAUGUUUCCUGAUGAAGAUGAGUUUAUUGUGACUGACCAGUUGGCUGUAGCAGAACUAAAACAUUAUAUUGAUAAUAAGACAUCAGAGAUCCCAUCUUCAAAAGUUCAGUUUAUACUGAAUGUAAAACAAGAGGUUGCUGAUGCCACUAUGGUAAUGCUUUCUUUAUCCUGUGCUUUACCACUUAACUACCCAGCUGUUCUACCAGAAAUUACUGUCAGGUCACCAUCAAUAAGCCGAUCACAGCAGAUUCAGCUGAACACAGAUCUAAAAACAUACUUGAAGAGAAACUGCAGUGGUGAGGUCUGUGUAUUAAAUGCAAGAGAAUGGGUUAAAGAUCAUGCAGCUGCUUAUAUCGAUAAGGAGCUUUCAUCUUCCUCAGUGAUGACAUUGAGGACUAUGCAGUCAGAAGAAGUCAUUUUCACUAGAUUAUGGAUCUAUAGUCAUCACAUCUACAACAAGCAUAAAAGAAAGAAUAUUGUUGAUUGGUCUAAGGAGCUCGCUCUGUCGGGGUUUAGCAUGCCUGGGAAACCAGGUGUCAUUUGUGUAGAAGGCCCACAGAGUACUUGUGAAGAAUUCUGGUCAAGAGUCAGAAGAUUAACAUGGCGGAGAAUUUUAAUUCGCCAUAGAGAGGAUAUUUCUCUGGAUGGGUCACAUGCUGAGAUGCAGAAACAAAGAAAAUUCUCAUCUUUUGAAGAAAAAGUAUUUGAUGCACAUGGUACCAGAGGAAAUCAUAUGGAUCUGGGGCAGCUCUAUCAUUUUUUAGAUGAAAAGGGGUGUGCUGAUGUUUUUCAGAUGUACUUUGGAGUUGAAGGAUGUUAGAUCAGCAAGGAUCCAAUCAAUGAACUUGAAAAAAUUAUGUGACAGUCUUGGAUAAAUUAUUCUUUUCCCCUCUGAAAUAGUUGAUCAGUGAGGGGAAUGAUUACUGCUCCUUUAUAAGAUGAAUUCAGUUUUCCAUGAAAACGAAUAUUCUUUUAAAUAAUGAUCUAUAUGAAUGCUUUAAUAUAAAGAUAUUUUUAAGGGAAAGAUAUGAUGCUAAUUACAAAGACAACGACAACAAUAAACCAACAACAGCUUUUUGAGAGAUGCUGUAUGCUAUUUAUAAUCUGAAUUAUUAAAACUUCACCUUGGAGAAGUUGAUUAUAUCUAUGUAAUAUAGUAAAAAAGAUCCAGAUGUUUGUGAAAAGUGUUAGUUUUGGGCAGAGAUACAGCACAUCAUAUUAUAGACAUGGGAUUAUAUGUGUGUGUGUGUAAAAUAUGGAAUGGGAAGGGAAGCAAACAUGGGUGUGUGAUUUUCCAAUGAUUACAGUUAUUUUAAGCAGGCAUCUCUGGAAAGAAAUGUUGUCUUUUACAUUAUUGAACACUGUAUUUACAUACACUACCAGCAGAUGUUUUGAUUCCAAAACAUUUAUUUAAUAUUUGCUGCUUAUAAUACGUGCAGUUGAACAUGGUGCUUUAUAAAGAUAGGCUUAGAUCCUCCAAAGCCUUACUCAUACAAGUAGUUUUAUUGACGCCAGUGGGACUAGUCACAUGAAUAAGGACUACUCACACAAGGAAAAGAAGGUUUGAAAGAUGGGGCCCACAGAAAAGACACACUAGUUGCCCUAACAAGUUUAUAAUUGAUUAUUUCAAUUCUAUUAUUAUUUCUAUUUUAGUAGUGUUUAAAAACUUUGAUCAGGAUUGGUGCCCCAUUGAGCUAGCCACGUACAUAACAAAAAGGCGGUCCUUGCCCCCAAAAGUUUACAGUUUGCAAACUCUUUUUUAUAUAAUUACUCCCACUGACUUAAAUAGAAAUCAUAUGAAUAAGAACUACACACGAGAGAGAAUUUGCAGGAUCAGACUUUGUAUAAUUUUGUGUCAGAUUUCAAUAAAUUAAUAUACAU